AUGCGCGAAUUAGAGGGCCAAAAUGCAGAAUCCGUACUCAAAUAUCUUCUCACAGCGCUAGCAGAGUUUGGAUUCGAUGAGGAUUAUUUAUCAAAGAAUCUCAUUGCUUUCACAUGUGAAGGGGCUUUUGUCAUGUUGGGAAUACAUAGCGGCGUGGGUCAAAGACUGAAAGAAACAUUUCCUGCGCUUCUCCUGUGGCACUGUUUGCAUCACCGCCUAGAGUUGGCUAUCUCUGAUGCAGUAUCAACAAUUGAUGGCUUCCAACCUAUACAAACUUUUUUUGACAAAACCUAUUCUGUAUAUUCUUUUUCAUCUAAGUUUCACAACGUGUACUUAGUAAAUAUCCUGGGAUCUCCAUCUACAGCUAAACAAAUUG